UGGCCGCAGGAGGGAUCGGAGGGAUGUGUGGUGGAGCGCGAGAUGGGCAGGGAUGCAGGAAUCUUAGCGGCGCGCAGCCGGCGCUUUGCUUCGCAGUUACAUGUGCCUAGCCUUUCCCGACUGACACGGCAUGAAGUUUGAAAGUAUCCAGUCAAGUGUACUACGGUGUCGAAAUAGGUGAUCGAACGUAAACGUUGUGGUCGUUGCUUUGUGAAGUUCGCAGGCAUCAUUGACUGGCGUGAAAGAAGCCUACAGAUACCGCGUGCGUCUGCUUCCGCCAGGGAACUGGCCGCCAAGAGCACAGUUUUGGUAAAAUGAUUAAAGCAAAGUGCACGUGGAAGGUUCAAGGCGACCGUCCUGUGUCUGACGCAAUUGUAUACUUCGAAGACAAUGAAAACAUUGACCUCGAGGAUGCGAUUUCUGCUGAAAAUUGUGUCCAAUUGGAAGCACCGGUUGCGGAUGAUGUCACUGGUAACUACAUUGUCCCGGCCUGCCAGGUCUUCUUGUUCUGUGGUGAGACACAUCAGAUGAGUAGUGUGUCUAUUCUAUCCGAGGCAAGGGUCAUAGAAGUCUACGGUUACCAUGGAGAAUACUUAAGCACCCUGAAAAACGAGCUUAUGGAAGAAGUGGAUGGCAUGUCUGUAUUUCGAGGUGACCUUAACCUUACAAGACCUCUUAAGGAAUGCUGCUUGAAAUUCAUCCCUAUGAAGUCUAAAGAUUCGAUGUGGCUGUAUGGAAUCAAAGUGGUGGUUCAGGAAAAGCCAAGGCCAGACACACUGCAGUUGUUUCCAACUUCCAUGCCUCUGAAAGAUGUUGAAGAGAGGCUAGAAGCAUCAGGGGCACAGCUGAGUGAGAAAGCCGAGAACCUUAAGCGAAUGAUGGAACUGUUUCAGGGAAGCAGCGGUAUGUUUUCAGCGGCUGCGAUGUCGCCCGUUUUUGCCGGAUUUUCAGCAUUAUCCCGUGGAGCACCGCAACAAGUUCCAGACGGCAUGGCACAGUUUUACAACAUGUUCCAAAACGCUGGUCUCAAAUCUCAAAUGCAGCAAACGUCUACAAAGCCGGCACCCAAACUUUCACUUGCUGCUGAGUCAACUAGAGAGGCUGCGCUGCCAGUCUCGAGCAGCACAGGAGCUGUCGAGAGCAGCCAGGAUGGUCUGCUUGCAGGUAUACUGAAGCUUCUGGAAAAUCACACGGCCAAGCAACAACCUCAGCACGAACCUCCACCUCAGGCUGUAGCAAAGGCUAAAGUAGGUGCCUCAGAGUCGGCAUCCUUGGACAAGGAAUUUAUUCUGGAGCUACUUGAAAAAUCUGGUGUCCUGAACAAGCAGACUGCCACGGUACUUCUUGAAGAAAUAAUUCAGAAAACUGGAGCCACAGUACAGCUAAACCAGUCGCACGGAGAUGCUGAAAAAAAGUCCACAAAUAUUCCUGUUGCAGACGUUGCAUCCGAACAACCAAAGGUUGCAGCUGAAAAUAAUAUACUCGAGACGAUGUCAAAGGCAACUGGGACUGAUAACAAGCCAUCCAAGGAGACUGGUUCACAGACUGAUCAGCCUGAACCAGUGCCGACAGCCAACGAAGAACUACAGCUGGUACCAGCACCACUAACAAUGGAAGCCCUUCAAAAGCAGAGGGACGAAACGCGUGACGUGGUCGGAGCCUUGUUUCAAAAUCUGCAAGAUCAGUUGCUGAACAUGGUAGACCGACGCUUUGAAGAAAUGAAAGUCGAAAUGGUUGAGAAACUGGACGGGAAAAUUCAAGAAAUGGAAGAGCGUAUAAAUGCACGCUUUGAUGCUAUCAUCGAUGCUCUUCAAGGCCAAGAGGAUGACGAAGAGAUAUUUGAACAGCCCGAGGAAGGCUCUGUGUGAGAACGCUGCUUCAGUGCGCGCUUGUAUAUGGUUGUGUGCGAGGUUCAAAACUGCUUUAUUUAUUGUUGUGU